AUGGAUGUAGAUGAUCCCUUUGAUUCACCAUGCCGAUCAGAUUUGUCACGAGGGAUUUCGCAUUGUGGCGCGCAACCGUGCAUACCAAGAAUUGGAGACACUGCUAAUUAUAUUUGUCUUUGUCCCUAUAAUGAAAUUUAUGAUCAUGGCGUUGCUUGUGGUCAACAAUAUUGCCUAAAUGGGGGUAGCUGUGAUGGCAAAAUCUGCAAAUGCCCCGAGGGAUUUGUUGGGAACAGAUGCGAGACUGAUCUUUGCCACAAUUAUUGCUUAAAUAAGGGAAAUUGUUCCAUCACUUACGAUCCAAUUUCUUCUUCACGUGCUGUGCCAACUUGCAGUUGCCCUAUUGAAUACACUGGUUCUCGUUGCCAGCAGUACAAAUGCACAGGUCGUUGUGGUGCAUAUGGAACAUGCUUGGUGUCACAAAAAACUGGCUUACCGAUUUGUAAUUGUCUUCCAAAUUAUGGUGGAGCAGAAUGUAAUCGGCGAAUUGAUGCAUGUGAGACUUAUUGUUUCAAUGGAGGUCUAUGCUCAUACGACGAAAAUAUGGCACCGUCUUGUCAAUGUCCCGCCGGUUUCAUUGGUAACCGGUGUGAAAAUUGCAUGUUGGCUAAGGGAGAAAUACGUAUAUGUCAAAAUGGAGGAUAUUGUAAAGAUGGAAAUCAAUGUUCUUGUCCAGCUGGAUUUAGUGGAUCUUCUUGUGAAACAGAUUUUUGUGAUGGACAUUGUUUCAAUGAGGGAAUUUGUUUGCCUUCAGUACUUAACGGUGUAACUCAUCAGUUACAAUGCAUUUGUCCUCCUGGUUUCGGCGGAUCUCGUUGUGAAAUUGAUUGGUGCCAUCGUAAUGAACAUUACUGCCUUCAUAAUGGUCACUGCAUUCAUGAUAGACUUAAAGGAAUUAUUUGUAUUUGUUCCAGCAAGUUCCAAGGUGAUCGUUGUAAGGAGGAAAGACGGUGUGAAGAUUACUGUCUCAAUGAAUCUGAGUGCUUUUCAAAGAGUGCUUAUGAAUGGGGUUGCAGGUGCAAAGCUGGAUAUAGUGGCAAUCGUUGUGAUGUAUUUGAUAAGUGCUCGAAUCAGUGUCAUAAUGGUGGCACUUGUCAAUUUGAUAAUCGUCUAGGAGGAGUUUGUGAAUGCCCAAAAGGGAUUGCGGGAAGAAGCUGCACGCAAAUAAUUGCACGUACAUGUAGCGAAAUAGUUUGUCUGAAUGGUGGGAAGUGCAUGAUGACGGUUCUUCAUGGCGUCCAGUGUUCAUGCCCUAUUGGUUGGGGUGGAUUGGUAUGUGCCGAGCCGGAAUGUUAUGGAUAUUGCCAAAAUGGUGGGACAUGUGCUAGUUCAAUUUAG